GGGGAAAGAACCAACACCCGACGCACCCUUGGGAGGAAAGAACAACCUCGACCAGCCGCGAACAGCCGAGGCCAACCAGGCCGGCCGCGAGCCGGUCCUAAGCCACGCCCCCAUGCUGCCAUAGAGACUAUCUCUAUGGAAGGAGGGAGGGAUGCUGGUGGUUGGGAUGGUUUUGUCGGGCGGGAAAUGCAGCGGCAGCGGCAGCGGUAGCAGCAGCAGUAGUAGGGAGCCAUGGAGCGCCAUGGAGCGGGGUCGCGGUCCCAGAGCAGGCGUAGCGGAGCCGCCCUCACCACCCUCCUGCUGACAGUAUACACCAUUCUCUCCAAGGUGCACUCUGAUCGGAAUGUGUACCCUUCUGCUGGAGUUCUGUUUGUUCAUGUUUUGGAGAGGGAGUAUUUUAAAGGAGAGUUUCCUCCUUAUCCAAAGCCGGGUGAGAUGAACAAUGAUCCCAUAACAUUUAACACAAACCUCAUGGGUUACCCUGACAGACCUGGUUGGCUUCGAUACAUUCAGAGAACACCAUAUAGUGAUGGAGUGCUGUAUGGAUCACCGACAAUAGAAAAUAUGGGCAGACCAACUACCAUUGAGAUUACUGCAUAUAACAGACGUACGUUUGAGACUGCAAGGCAUAAUUUGAUUAUUAAUAUAAUAUCAGCAGAAGAGCUUCCUUUACCAUAUCAAGCAGAAUUCUUCAUUAAAAACAUGAAUGUAGAGGAAAUGUUGGCAAGUGAGGUUCUUGGAGACUUCCUUGGAGCUGUGAAAAACGUGUGGCAACCAGAGCAUCUGAAUGCCAUAAACAUCACCUCAGCUCUUGAUAGGGGAGGCAGAGUCCCACUUCCUAUUAAUGACAUGAAAGAAGGUGUCUAUGUAAUGGUUGGGGCAGAUGCUACAUUCUCCUCCUGUUUACGGGAAGUUGAAAACCCACAAAAUCAGCUGAGAUGCAGUCAAGAAAUGGAGCCUGUAAUAACAUGUGAUAAAAAAUUCCGUUCUCAAUUUCACAUAGACUGGUGUAAAAUCUCUUUGGUUGAUAAGACACAGCAUGUUUCCACCUAUCAAGAAGUGAUCCGUGGAGAAGGGAUAUUACCAGAUGGUGGAGAGUAUAAGCCACCUUCUGAAAAUUUGAAAAGCCGAGAUUAUUAUUCAGACUUCCUCAUUACAUUGGCAGUACCCUCUGCAGUAGCCCUGGUGCUUUUUCUAAUACUUGCUUAUAUUAUGUGCUGCCGAAGGGAAGGAGUGGAAAAGAGAAACAUGCAAACACCAGAUAUCCAGCUGGUCCACCACAGUGCAAUUCAGAAGUCCACAAAAGAACUUCGGGAGAUGUCCAAGAACAGAGAGAUUGCAUGGCCUCUCUCAACACUUCCAGUGUUUCACCCAGUCACUGGUGAGAUUGUACCACCUGUUCACCCCGACAGCUACGACAAUACUAGCAUGCCACUGAUGCAAACACAGCAGAACCUGCCACAUCAGACCCAGAUUCCACAGCAACAAACAGAAGGUAAAUGGUAUACCUGAGGAAAGAAAACUUACAGAAGCAAUUAAUUUGUAAUUAAAUAAAACAACCAAGAUUACCUUUCAUUUCUUUAUCUGCUUCAACGAUGCAUGAGUUUUUCUGAUGAAGUGUGCAUGCCUACAGUGUUAUGUAUUCCAGUGUCAGAUGCUAUCAUUCCCGUAUUACUAAAUUUACUAUAUCUUUUUGUACUUCGGACAUUUUCAACAAAUUUGUAAAAUGUUAACUUUUAUAUUGGUUACAUUAAAAUAUGUACAAUAAAAAACAAAUAUUAAA